AAGAGAAAAAAAUUAUUAACAUAAAAACAUUUUUUUCUUCAUUUCUCCAUAAAUCAAUAACCACAACAAAUCGUUCAAAGAGAAGCUCCCCAUAAAGAAAAACAUAUCCUUGUAGCAAUCGACCGCAUACCCGGGGAUUUUGCACAAAAAACCCUGUGGCAUUCAUCAAAGAAGACAGCAUGAAGAAAAUACAGCCAGAACACAGACCAUUUUGUAAACCACAUCGACGACAAAAAAUAAUCAAUCGCCCAAACCAUGAUUCUUUUUGCCAAGGCGAAGGAAAAGGACUCGUUGCGGCACAACUGAAACCGCGACCACUGGUCGAUUGCCAAUUCUACAAUUUAAAAUAUGAAUUCGAUGAGCUGCCGCUGGAUCCGGUUAAAGAGUUUAUUGUUGAGAAAACUUCUCACAUGCAGUCGGAUGUUAUAACGGGACGUUGCAACAAAGAGCUGGACUUUCAUCGAUAUGAAAUGGACAAGGUAAACACUGGCAAUAGAGAGAUUGACGAUGAUGGCCUUGAUGACAUCGAGUUGGACAAUAUAGUGAUGCCAGAGAAAUUUGAAAUGCUUCGUGAGAAGAAGGAUAACUUCUAUGGAUUUAGUCCAUGCGACGACCCAUAUCCAUGGUUAUGUGAAUUAAGUGGCUCGCCUACCGAAGAAAAAGUAUUGGAAAUAACCAACAGUCUAUUGAACAUCUACUGUUCUCAUAGGGUACGAAUUUUUUACUUUGAUUGCCGUACAAAAUCGGCAUUGUUAACAAACGAAUUGAGAAGGUUUUAUGGAAGUCCUUCCGAAAUAAUAGGAAGUUUACGCAAUCCGAGUGCCAGAUAUUUACGCUUGCCUGCAUUAAAGUCGCCACCGAAAUCUAUUAAAUUUAAAGCGGGGGAUCAUUACGCGCUAAGAACACCACAAGAGUGUCGAAAUGAAUUGGCUAAAAUGGGCAAAGUUAUUGAUGUUCUCAUAGAGCCAACACUAAGACGAGCCCAAGACAAUCUAAAACGACAUGCUUCGCUGCCGGAAAGUGAUAAAUGGGCAAAAAUAAAAGAAAAAGUGCCAAAUAAAAUUAAAAUUAAGAAAAUUUUAAAAGGUGGAGUCAGAGAAAAUAACAAACCUCCAAAACGAGAAAAUUUUAAAUCAAAUCUUGAUUUUUUACUCCAUCUCAAAAAUAUUGAUAAGCAAAAAUUCAAAUAUUUAGAAGGAUAUAUGCCUGUAGAUCCGGAAGAACAAAAGUCACGCAUUAUGAAAACUUACGAAGUGAAAUUGAAAAAAGCUGAAAAACAGUUCACGCCAAGAAUGGAAAGACGUUACAAGUGUCUUAUGAAACAUCUUUCAAUAACCAACUUGGAGACUUAUCCCUCAAAACUAAUCAAGAAAGUUUUACCAAGAGUCAAUUGUAAUCGUACAUACCUGCGGGAUGCAUACAAAUUCAUACAGAAGGAAGAGAAAUUAUGGCCAAAAAUAUUUCCGGAAAUUAUGUUAAUGGAUUAUCUAUUUAGCGGCGAAAGGCAAAUACCAACAGAUUUUGCUGUCUUGAUUAUAUCAUCUCUUAUAGAUUUGCAGGAAGAUUUUAGGUAUUUUGUAAAACGUGCAUUUCUGCGAUAUUUGUUAAGCUCUCCUCUAGAACGUAAACGAUUGCAAUUGGUGGCUGAGCCGCCAGAGUUUCCCAUAAUGACUAUCCGGGCUCCCGUGCCAUGGAAGGUUUAUGUGCAAUUAGCACGAAAUCAUUUGGAUCAAGUGCUAAUGACUACACAUCCCGUUAUUAGAGCUCUCAACUUGCUUUGGCAUCAACUAUACCAUGAUUUAGUCAUUGUCGACGUAUCUCAGAUAGUUUUACGUGAUGUGCCCAUGAAUGCCGAUGAGUUAAUAAAAUUUGUCCAAGAAAGUUGCGAUACCAUUCGUGAGCUACUUCUUAACGACUGGAUACCACGCUGUGCAGAUAUAUUGGAUGUAAUGCGUAAAACAUGGAAAGACUUAAUUCCAAUGCGUGGCAGCCAUGGUGGCCGUGCUGCUGUCUUAUUUCGAUGUGUUCACGCCCUAAUGUCUCUUCAGUUGGAGGGUUUAAUAACCAGAAGUUUAACGUAUUUAUAUAAAACUUUAUGCGAUUAUAUGGCUGGUAAUGAUAUUGAAAAGUACAAUAUGUACGACGCUAAACUUAAGCGUAGACCGUUGAUGACGUUGAUUGUUUCUGUAAUUGGCGUUCACUUCGACAAUCCGGAAAGAGUUGACUUCCCACCGAAAAGUAAGACGCCACAAAUAUAUGAAGAACAAGAGGAUGACGAUGCUAAUCCGUUUCAAAGUAAAGCCGGUGGUCAAUUUAUUGAACAGCCGACACCUGAUGAAGAUUGUGUAGCCUGUUUUCUUCUGAAUAAUUGGGGAAAAUUACAUGCAUUUCCUUACAUCGGGACUUUGCCAAAUAUAUUUAUUGAUAUUUUCAAACGUAUACUAAAAGUGGGCUAUAAACUACCUCGUCUGGAGUAUGUGAUGUCAAGAGAUCCCGACACAUUUGGUUAUUUGCAUUGUAUCCAUGAAACACAUCCAGACAUGCUAAAUUUAUACGAAAAAAUCACCACCAUCGUGAAAAAUAAUUGGAGAGGACCAAUUGUUUACCUGCUGCCCAUCUACAAAUAUUAUUACGUGUUAUUGGCAAAUAAAAUUCAACCGAUUGUUGAGAAAAUCUUUACCCAAAAUAUUCUUCCGGACCUGGUGUCAAUUGAAAAUGUCAUGAAAAGGCUACGCUCGAUUAUUGAUGAAACGUAUAUGUUACGUGAUUUCGUUCCCCUCAAUCUCUUUAUGCUGGAUAAUCGUCAUGUCAAGCAAUCGAUUGUAAAGUUGGUGGUGCAAAUUUAUGAUUUUAUCAUUGACUUUUAUAUGGCAGUAAAUCUCAAUGAAAAUCGUGCGAUAUGUGAUGCUCUCGAGGAGAUGUCAAUGAAAGCAGGUGAACGACCCGAAGAAACAGCUGAAGUCGUUGCAUUGCAAAAUUAUCUGUCAGAAUGUCGAGAUGAGCGCAUCUUUGCCAUAAAAGAUGAAAUAAAAAUUGUUGCAAAACGUGUUAUCUUCUUACUAACACAUGCGGAACUAACAACCGAGGAAAUUCACUUAAAUACCCGAACUUUUGUGCUACCAUCAGAAUUAGAGGAAGUCUUGGAUCUAAGUGCUGCUCGCCUCAAUGUUGUGCGUGACAAUUUGGAAUUUGCUCUACGUGACAAACGCGUAAAAUUCGAACAAUUAAUUUUGUAUGAAAAACGUCGCAUGGAUGGCUUCCGUGUUAAAGAAACACGUGACGUUCUUACUUUGGAUGAGCUUAAAGAGCGUGUCGAUACCGUGGAUGAAUUAUUCGAUCUUAUCGAGAAUCUGAGUCGUGAGGCAAAAGCAAUUAAUGUCGAGGAACAAUUGUUACAAAUUGAUGUUUCACCGUUCGCAGUAUUGGCUGAAAUCGUGGAAAAAAUGGAACCCAUCGAGAAGCUAUGGAAAACGGCAUAUGAAUUCGAAAAGAAUCAUUUAAUAUGGAUGUACGAACGAUUCCAGUGUUUAAAUGCGGAUGUCAUUGCAGAGGAAAUAGAGAACAUGUACCGGAUUGUGUACAAGCUAUCUAGACAGCUUGCCCAAAAUCCCGUUGCCAAACGAGCCGCUGAACAGGUGCGGGUUAAAAUUGAAAAAUUUCGUGUAUAUCUGCCAGUUUUGGACGCCAUUUGUCGUCACGGUUUGGAGGAACGCCAUUGGGAAAUGAUAUCCCAACAUAUGGGCAAGGAAUGCAAUCCAACACUUUAUCCCAGUCUUAAGGACAUGAUAGAUGCUGGUAUCAUGUCCAUUCUGCCACAACUUGAGGAAAUUUCAAUUGCGGCAGGCAAAGAAUACGAUUUGAAUCAAUUACUUGAGAACAUGCGGAACGAUUGGAAAGAUGUUUGUUUUGAUGUAUUGCAAUAUCGUGAUUCCGACACCCACAUUUUGGCCUCAUUGGAUGACAUACAAACUCUCUUGGAUGAUCAUCUUAUGCGAACACAGGCCAUGAAGAGAUCACCGUAUAUCGUUGCCCUCGGCACCAAGGCAGAUGAUUGGGAAAAUCGAUUAGCACUUAUACAAAAUAUUAUGGAUACAUGGACUGAAGUACAGAUAACGUGGAUGUAUCUGGAACCCAUAUUUUGUUCUGAAGAUAUCAUGCGACAAAUGCCCCAAGAGGGUCGCAGUUUUAAGGCGGUAGAUAAAAUAUGGCGUCGUAUUGUGCGCCACACAUUGGACGACUUGCAUGUAAUGGCAGCUACAGACUAUCCCGAUAUGUUGAACAUAUUUAAAAAGGCCGUCGAAGAUUUGGAAUCGGUUCAAAAGGGGCUGAACACGUAUUUAGAACAGAAACGUCUAUAUUUCGCACGGUUUUUCUUUUUGUCCAACGACGAAUUGUUGGAGAUAUUGUCGGAGACAAAGGAUCCAUUACGUGUGCAACCGCACUUGAAAAAAUGUUUUGAAGGGAUAUCAUUGUUGACAUUUGAUGAUAAUUUGGAAAUAACGGGAAUGGUAUCCGAUGAAGGCGAGAAAGUUGCUAUGGUGAGGAAGAUUAAUCCACAGGCUGCUAAUGGACUCGUUGAAAUAUGGCUAAAAGAGGUUGAGGGUACAAUGCUGGACAGUGUUAAAGAACAAAUGAAAUAUGCCUGGGAUGAUUAUUUUGCUGUUGAUCGUAUUCACUGGGUUGUAUCGUGGCCAGGACAAGUUGUACAAUCCAUCUCAUGUAUGGCAUGGACUUAUGAGGUUGAGGAAGCCAUUGAAACGAGCACGUUGACGACAUAUAUGGCUAAACUCAACUCACAGAUCGGAGACUUAGUAAAUUUGGUAAGAACUGAUCUAAGCAGUGGGACCAGAUUAACAAUUGAAGCCCUCAUUGUUCUCGACGUCCAUGAUCGCGAUGUUGUAAAGUAUUUAAUGGAUGUCAAUGUAACAUCAUUGCUAGACUUCGAUUGGUUGUCACAGCUGAGAUAUUAUUGGAAAAUCACCGAAAAGCGCGAAGAAUGGGUCUGCGUUAGUAUGGUUGUGACUGAUGUCAAAUACGGCAUGGAAUAUUUAGGUAACACCACUCGUCUGGUUGUUACCCCUCUAACCGAUCGUUGCUACAGAACACUCAUGGGAGCUCUAAAACUUUGUCUAGGUGGAGCUCCAGAAGGUCCUGCUGGAACUGGAAAAACUGAAACCUGCAAGGAUUUGGCCAAAGCUGUAGCUAAAAAAUGUGUCGUGUUCAACUGUUCUGAUGGAUUAGAUUACAAGGCGCUGGGUAAAUUUUUUAAGGGCUUAGCACAAUCUGGCGCCUGGGCAUGUUUCGAUGAAUUCAAUCGGAUCGAAUUGGAGGUAUUGUCAGUUGUUGCUCAACAGAUAUUAACGAUACAACGAGCCAUUGGCAGGAAAGUGGUGCGUUUCUUUUUUGAGGAUACAAUGCUGCGUUUGGAUCCGACUUGUUCGAUAUUCAUUACAAUGAAUCCGGGUUAUGCUGGACGAACAGAGCUUCCGGAUAACCUGAAAGUUCUUUUUAGAACUGUUGCAAUGAUGGUGCCGGAUUAUGCCAUGAUCGGUGAGAUAACUUUGUACUCAAAUGGAUUUGACGAAGCCCGCCAGUUGGCCCAGAAAAUCGUACUAGCAUAUAAGCUUUGUUCCGAGCAAUUAUCGUCGCAGUCACAUUAUGAUUAUGGUAUGCGGGCUGUAAAAUCCGUAUUGUUGGCCUCGGCAUCUCUGCGCCGCUUGUAUACUGACUUGCCAGAGGCUCAAAUAGUUUUGCGUGCCAUUGUUGAUGUGAAUUUGCCCAAAUUUUUGGAACAGGAUGUUGCAUUAUUCGUUGGAAUUUACACGGAUCUUUUCCCAGGAACGGAGUUACCAAUGCCUUCCCGUGGCGAUCUUAUGAAAUGGCUAGAGAAGACCCUUACUGAAAGAAAUUUGCAAGCAACACCUUGGUUUGUGGAGAAAAUUUUACAAAUCUAUGAAAUGUUAUUGGUGAGACAUGGACUAAUGGUAGUGGGCGGUCCAAUGGGUGGUAAGACCACCGCAUGGCAGGUUCUGGCCCACUGUUUACGUUGUCUGUCAACUGAUGAGACAGCCACUUUGCGGGAAUAUCCAACCAAUUAUCGCAUUAUUAAUCCAAAAGCCAUAACUAUGGGUCAGUUGUAUGGACGUUUUGACCCUGUUUCACAUGAGUGGUAUGAUGGUGUUUUGGCGAAAACCUUUCGUGAAUUCGCCACAGGUUCUCCGAAUGAACGCUAUUGGAUAUUCUUCGAUGGUCCAGUGGAUGCUGUAUGGAUUGAAAAUCUAAAUACCGUUUUGGAUGACAAUAAGAAAUUGUGUUUGAUGUCUGGAGAAAUAAUUACAAUGACUAAAUUAAUGAAUAUGAUGUUUGAACCGGCUGACUUGGAGCAAGCAUCACCCGCAACUGUAUCGCGUUGUGGCAUGAUAUACAUGGAGCCGGCACAAUUGGGUUGGCGGGCUUUGCACAAAAGUUUCCUCAAUGUUCUGUCGGAAAAUGUCGGUCUCAACGACAUUUAUAUGGCACUGUUUGAGGAAAUGGUUGAAUGGUUAGUACCAGCUGCUUUAGAUAUUCUAAUGGAUUGUAAGAAAAUGCUUGAGACUUCGGCGAUAUAUCAGUACCAGAUGUUUUCUCGAUUCCUCUACCAUUUUCUAGAUAAACACAAAACAUUUAAUCAGGUCUGGUUCCAACAAAUGUUUCUGUUCUGCUUUGCCUGGGCAUAUGGAUCAAGUUUACAAGUGAAAGGCAUAAAACAAUUCGAUAGCAUGAUACGUAAAGUGCUCUACGGUGCCAAUGAAGCCUAUCCCCGUCCCAAAUAUUUUUCCCUAAAUCGCGGGCAAAUGUUCCCCGAAAAACUCACCCUAAUGGAUUACCGCUUCGAUGAACAAGAAAACUGGUGGACAUGGCAAAAGUCUGGCGACGACCCCACAUCAGCUAUUUCAUUAUUUCCAGAAGGUGCUCAAAUCAGUGAACUAAUAGUUCCGACUAACGAAUCAGGCUAUUUAACAUACUGGCAAGAGUUUUGCUUGAAUUUGUCAUAUCCCAUGCUUGUUAUCGGGCCCACCGGUACCGGGAAAAGUGCCAUUUUAACGAGUAACUUAAUGACCUUGCCCAAACAAUCGAAUAUGAUAAAUCUGAUUAACUUUUCGGCACGAACAUCAUCACAGUUGGUUCAAGAUACGGUCAUGGCGAAAUUAGACCGAAGACGUAAAGGUGUUUAUGGUCCACCAGUUGGAAAAAAGUGUAUUGUAUUUUGUGACGAUGUAUCUAUGCCAAGUAAGGACACGUACGGUUCACAACCUCCCCUGGAGUUGGUUCGUCAAUGGCUAGAUCAUGGUUAUUGGUCUGAUUUAACAGAUACAAGCAAAAUUGAUUUAAUUGAUAUGUGUUUUAUCGGAGCUAUGGGUAUGCCAGGCGGCAGUAAUUUCAUAUUUCCCCGUUUCUACCGGCAUACAUUCGUUGUUGGAGUGGAUUCAUUCGAGGAUGCUACCAUAAUCAAAAUAUUUACAGCAAUUGGCGAUUGGCAUUUUUCCAAAGGCUAUCCUGAUAAGGUGGCAUUGCUCUCAAGGGGUCUGGCUGAAGCAAUGGUCAGUGUUUAUCGUUCGGCGAUGAGAAUAUUUUUACCGACUCCUGCCAAAUCCCAUUAUACAUUUUCACUACGUGAUAUCACCCGUGUGUUUCAGGGUAUUGUUCUGGUGCCAGCAAAACGUCUACAUGAUCCAGAAAAACUUGGUCGGUUGUGGGCUCAUGAAACAUAUAGAGUUUUUUAUGACCGCCUAAUUGACCAACGGGAUCGCGAUCAACUACUGGAAAUGGUAGUUAAUGCCUGCAAAACCAAUUUACGUUUCUCUUUGGAGUCAGCGUUCAAAGAGCGAAUGGAAAAUCCCGGAGGCAAAUUGACAGAUAACGAUUUGCGCAAUUUAUUUUUUGGUAAUUAUCUUGAACCAGAUGCUGAACCGAAAAUUUACGACGAAUGUGACAACUAUAACAAAUUGGAAAAGCUCAUGCAUUAUUAUUUACGUGACUACAAUGGGUUUUCUAGCACACCCAUGGAUUUGGUGCUGUUCCGUUUUGCGAUUGAACAUAUAUCGAGAGUUUCACGCGUUCUGCAAAUGCCACGUGGCAACAUUUUGAUGGUUGGCAUGGGUGGUUCGGGACGUCGUAGCUCGUGUCGACUGGCAGCUCACAUUGCUGAUUGCAAGUUGAUGACGGUGCAAGUGACAAAAACGUACACACAACAAGAUUGGAGAGAUGAUCUAAAAAAGAUAUUGAUGUCAUCCGGAUUCAGUAUGAAUCAUACCGUAUUCCUGUUUUCCGAUUCGCAGGCAACCGAUGAAGGAUACAUUGAGGAUAUAAAUGGUAUACUAAAUUGCGGUGACCUACCUAAUCUCUAUCAAUUGGAGGAUAAGGCAACCAUUAUGGAAAACAUGACAAAUAUAGCAAAACAACUGGCCAAAAAUAUUGAACCCAUACCGAGUGAAAUGAAUGCAUUCUAUAUUGAACGUGUACGUGAACAAUUGCACGUGGCCCUGGCCUUUUCGCCCAUCGGCGAAUCAUUUAAGGAACGUAUUCGGAUGUAUCCAUCAUUGAUAAACUGUUGCACAAUUGACUGGUACAUGCCAUGGCCGGUAGACGCUUUGGAACGUGUUGCGGAAUAUUUUAUUAGUUCCAUGGAAUUGGGUCAGUCGCACGAUACAGAUGAAGCGGAAGCCAAUAAGUCAGUUGAAUCAAUCGAUUCGAAGGAGAGCAAAAAGAGUUUGGAGGAUGUGCAAGAGAUUGUGCUGAGUGAUUUGGAAAAAGAAUUGGUAAAAUGUGUAAUGCAUUUCAAUCAAUCUGUUAUAGAUGCAAGCGAAAAAUGCCACACGGAAUUGGGUAGACGAAAUUAUGUCACACCGUCAUCCUAUUUGGAAAUGCUAAAGGCAUUUAAGGCAUUCUACAUAAGGAAACUCGACGAGAUAACUAAAUUAAGGGACAGGUAUACAACGGGUUUGGAAAAGCUAGAUUUUGCUGCCGGUCAAGUGGGUGAAAUGCAGGCCAAUUUGUAUGAAUUGCAACCGAAGCUAAAAGUCUUGUCGGAGGAAACGGAAAAAAUUAUGGUAAAUAUUGAACGUGAAACAGCCGAAGCGGAAAAGAAGAAAGAAGUUGUUGGUGCAGAUGAGGCCGCUGCGAAUGAGGCUGCAGCGGCAGCCCAGGCCAUAAAAGAUGACUGCGAAAGUGAUUUGGCGGAAGCAAUACCUGCAUUAGAGGCGGCCUUGGAUGCACUGAACACCUUAAAACCUGCGGACAUUUUCGUAGUUAAAUCAAUGAAAAACCCUCCCUAUGGAGUGAAGUUGGUACUUGAGGCAGUCUGUGUUUUAAAAGGCUUGAAGCCCGAUCGAAAACCCGAUGCUUCCGGUCGAAUGGUUGAAGAUUAUUGGGCUGCCUCAUUACGUAUGGUGAGCGACAUGAAAUUUUUGGAAUCUCUGAAAACAUUCGACAAAGAUAAUAUACCGCCGGCCAUAAUAAAAAAGAUACGAGAAAAAUACGUAGCUGAUCGAGAUUUUGUUCCGGACAAAAUCAAAUCGGCCUCAACAGCCUGUGAAGGCAUUUGUCACUGGGUUCGCGCAAUGGAUGUCUAUGACAAAGUGGCCCGAAUUGUCAUGCCUAAAAAAGCUGCAUUGGCCGAGGCCGAAAAUGAAUUGGCUUCACAAAUGGAAAAGCUUAAUGCAAAGCGUGCCGAACUACAAGUCAUUCUAGAUAAAUUACAAAAACUCAAUGAUUAUUUUGCCGAAAAGUCGAGACAGAAAAAGGGGCUUGAAGACGAAAUCGACAAUUGUGAAAAGAAACUAAACAGAGCCGAAAAAUUACUUGGUGGUUUGGGUGGAGAAAAAACACGUUGGUCCGAGACCGCACACAAUCUACAUCAUUCCAUAAGCAAUAUUGUUGGUGAUGUUCUUCUAGCUGGAGGUUGUACAGCAUAUCUGGGAUUUUUCCCAACUGAGUACAGAGUUCGAAUACUUCAAGAAUGGAAUGAUUUCUGCCACCAGCGAAAAAUACCCUGCUCGGAAAAGUUUUCACUAGCAAAUACCCUGGGAAAUCCGAUGCAAAUUAGAGCCUGGUCAUUAGGCGGCUUACCUGCUGAUAAUUUUUCAGUGGAAAAUGCCAUCAUUGUUGCUAAUUCCAGUCGUUAUUCCCUCCUAAUUGAUCCCCAAGUGCAAGCCAACAAGUGGAUUAAAAAUAUGGAGAAGAAGAAUGAUUUGAAAGUUAUUAAACAGAGCGAUGCCAAUUAUAUGCAAGUGCUUGAAUUGGCCAUUACUUAUGGUAAUCCGGUGUUGCUGGAAAAUGUUGGCGAACGUUUGGAUUCAAAUUUAACACCAAUAUUGGAAAAGAACGUAAUCAAACAUAAAGGUGGUUAUUUCAUCAAAAGUGGAGAUCAAAUGAUUGAGUAUAACAGCAAUUUUCGUUUAUAUAUAACAACAUGCCUUCGAAAUCCCCAUUAUCCGCCAGAGAUUAUGGUCAUGGUAACUGUAAUUAAUUUCAUGAUAACUGAACAGGGUCUAAGCGAACAACUACUGGCUACGGUUGUAGCUCACGAGCGUCCAGACUUGCAAGAAAAAAAGGAGCAAUUAAUUAUUGAAUCUGCAAAAAACCGAGAUUCUUUGUAUACCAUUGAAUCAAAAAUACUGGAGGUACUUUCGACGUCCGAAGGCAAUGUAUUGGAAGAUGAAAAUGCCAUUAAUAUUCUGUCAUCGAGCAAAAUUUUAUCAGAGCAAAUCCAAGAGAAACAAGUCAUUGCGGUGGCAACUGAAGCGGAAAUUGACGAAGCUCGCCAACGUUACAUACCAGUGGCUAAACAUUCGGCCAUACUGUUCUUCUGCAUCAGUGAAUUGGCGAACAUUGAUCCGAUGUACCAAUACUCCUUGGGCUGGUUUUUGAAUCUCUUCGUUAAUGCAAUACUGAAGGCACCCAAGUCAUCACAACUGGCAGAACGUUUGGAUAAUUUGAAUAAUUAUUUUACAAAGUCGAUAUAUCAGAAUGUGUGUCGUUCACUGUUCGAAAAAGAUAAACUUGUUAUAUCGCUGGUGAUGUGCUUGGGCAUUCUCCUAUCGCGGGGUAAAAUAAAUAAAUCCCAUUUGCUGUUCUUUUUAACGGGAGGCGUUGGACUGCAAAGCAUUCCACCUAAUCCAGCAUCGUCAUGGCUUCCGGAAAAGGCUUGGUUUCAAAUAGUUCUUGCCAGCAACUUGGAGGGUUUAACAGAUUUUUAUAAAAAUUUUCAAUCUAAUAUCGACGCUUGGAAAUGCUAUUAUGAUUUGCAAACGCCUGAGGAAGCAAAAUUUCCUCCGCCAUACGACAACAUUGAUGAAAUGUUGGGUUUAAUAAUACUGAAAUGUUUGAGGUCGGAUAAAGUUGUGCCAGCUGUAAGGUCCUUUAUUACCCGGAAUAUGGAUCGCUCGUUUGUGGAACCGCCUCCUUUCGAUUUGAAUGAAUCAUUUGCUGAUAGCUCACCCAGGAUACCAUUGGUGUUUCUACUCUCUCCUGGCUCUGAUCCGAUGUCCAGUCUUUUUAUGUAUGCCAAGCAGCGGAAUAUGUACGACAAAACUAAAAGCAUAUCGUUGGGUCAAGGACAAGGGCCACGUGCGGAAAAGAUGAUAAUCGAUGCCAAUCGUCAUGGACACUGGGUGGUUUUGCAAAAUUGUCACGUAGCUGUCAGUUGGAUGGGUGAAUUGGAGCGCAUUUGCAAUGACAGUACACUGGCCGAAUCAGCCCAUCCAGAUUAUCGUCUAUGGUGUACCUCUUAUCCGAGCUCUGUAUUCCCCGUGUCAGUGUUACAGAAUUCGGUGAAGAUGACAAACGAGCCGCCAAAAGGCCUCAGGGCCAAUAUGCAGAGAUCAUUUAAUUCGGAUCCUUUGGUGCGCGAUAAAUUCUUUAGCAAUGCAUUUGUCCACGUCGAAACAGCCAAUAAAAGUUGGUUGCGUGGCGUGUUCGCAUUGGUCUUCUUUCAUGCUGUUGUCCAAGAACGUCGUGAAUUCGGGCCACUUGGUUGGAAUAUACCAUACGAAUUUAGUGAAGCGGAUUUAAAAAUUUCACUGCUUCAGCUGAAGAUGUUUAUAGCGCAAAGUCAUGUCAUUCCUUUUCGUGGUCAUGUUUAUCUAACAGGCGAAUGUAACUAUGGUGGUCGCGUGACAGAUGACAAGGAUCGCCGCCUAAUCUUAUCAUUACUCCAGAUGAUCUACAAUCCCGAUACCAUUGAUAUUGACAAUUUUCAACUAUCACAGUCUGGUGACUACCGAAUACCCCUAAAUCCAACACGUGCCAACGCCCUGGAAUACAUACAAGAUUUUCCCUUAAGCCCUCAUCCCGAGGUUUAUGGUUUACACGAAAAUGCCGACAUAAAUCGCAAUAACAAAGAAACGGAUAGUCUUAUUCAAGGUGUUUUGAAAACACAAACUGAUCUCAUGGCUUCGGUAAAGACAAGCAGCAGUGGAGAUGGCCCUAAAGUUGAUCCGGCUUUUCAAAUAUGUAAGGAUAUAUUGAAACGUUUGCCAGAACCCUUCAACGUUGAUGAAGUAGCAGAAAAAUACCCCGUUGUGUACACAAAUUCUAUGAAUACUGUAUUGAGACAGGAGCUGAUAAGAUUUAAUCGCCUACUUGAGUACAUACGAAAAAGCCUUUUAAAUGUCCAAAAGGCAAUACAGGGCCAGAUAGCAAUGAUUCCCGAAUUAGAGAGAACCCAUCGCUCUAUGGUCAUUGGAAAAUUGCCAGAUGAUUGGUUGAAAAAAAGUUAUCCAUCACUGAAGCCAUUGGGCAGUUACAUUACCGACUUUCUUGCAAGAUUGGAAUUCUUUCAACGAUGGAUAGAUGAUGGAGAACCAAUCGUUUACUGGUUAUCCGGAUUCUAUUUCACUCAAUCGUUUAUGACUGGUGUACUGCAAAACUAUUCGAGAAAGAAUCGCUUUCAGAUUGAUAUGGUGAAGAUUGAUUUUGAAGUGACCCAAUACGAAAUGGAGGCUGAUAAAGUGCCGGAACUCGGAGCAUAUAUACGGGGUCUCUACCUAGAGGGCUGUCGCUGGAAUCGUACCAUACUCGCUGUCGAUGAAUCAUUUUCGAAGAUACUCUUCGACACCAUACCCGUCAUAUGUCUCUUACCAACCCUUCGGAAUGUUGCUUCAGCUACAGAUGACAAACGCAUUGCUGAUGAUGGAAAACCUAUAUACGAAUGUCCUGUAUACAAGACAAGUGAACGACGUGGCAUUCUUUCUACGACUGGUCAUUCAACCAAUUUCGUGAUGUACAUGGAUUUACCCUGUACAAAAAAUCAAAUGCAUUGGAUAAAUCGCGGAGCCGCUUCGUUGUGUCAAUUAGAUGAUUAAUUGGCAACAUGAUUACAUGUUGCCAUUUUUUAUACAUGAUUUUGGUUUUAUGAUAGAGAACAAAUAUAUAUUUUGAUAUAAUAUGUAGAGAGA